CAAAGGAAGUUCUAAACGAUCGACGAGAACCAACCAUGUGCUUCCGCUGCUUGUUUCCGGCCUUCUUGCAGCCUGAAUAUUUGUGAUGGCAUAACUCUUUCAAGGAAACUUUGUCCAGGAGACAGACGAUCGCUUUAGGGAUCAAUUUGCGGAACACGUGCAUCAGGAUCAGUUGUAAAGUUUUGUUUUGCGUUGAUGUGCGCUGUGUGUUCAACCUGCGGAAUCAAGAUGGCGGAAUUGACUUCCGGACAACCAAGAUUUACGCGUAGCAGGCCUUUCACGAUCGUUUCGAAUUUUUGCUAUUUUCGUAGCAUUUAGCCGUUUUCUUACAUCAGCGAAUCGGGGCAAUUAAAAUGUUUCCUUUUAGAUGAUGAAAUAUUGUCUUCUAAAUUAGCUUGCUACAGAAAUAAUGUAAACUUUAUACACACAUGUGUACUUAAAGAUUGUCGAUCAGAGAUUGGACUGUCAAUAAUUUUUUCGAUUAGGAGCAUGUUUUUGCUGCCUUUUUCUUGGACGAGUUCGCUGUGAUAUUUACUGAUUGAUGUUUUUCUUGCUCCAAAAUUAUACUCAUUGAAACAGAAGUUGGUAAACAUGCCACUGUGUACCACUGAUGUUUGUCUUUUUCACAAUUAAAAUUGCAAUAUUGAAAUUUAAUUUACAUGAAGUUGGUGUAAAAUUGUAGAGGAGUGUUUAAUGUGAUAUGUCAUGCUUGUUUUAUAUCUCUUGCAAAGUUGUUGUGGAGAAUUUACUUCAUCAGUUGGACUUUCAAUUUUAAGAAAUCAUGUGAGAAUUAAAAAUUUUUUUCCCUCAAACCUCCAUUCUUGAGUCAUUAAUAUCACAGAAAGAUUGGAAACUCAAGGAGCAAGGAAGAGUCAGAUUCCUCCAUUGAAGAAUAAUAUUGAUCAUUAUGAAGGAGAAGGAAAAGUCCUCGCUGGUAGACCUGGGAAAGCGGUUGCUAGAGGCAUCUCGUAAAGGGCAAGCAGAUGAAGUUAGUAUGCUCAUGGCAUCUGGGGCUCCUUUUACUACAGACUGGCUUGGAACAUCCCCAUUACAUUUAGCAGCACAGCAUGGUCAUAACCAGACAGCAGAAGUAUUACUCCGAGCAGGGGUCAGUAGAGAUGCUCGAACAAAGGUUGACAGAACACCCUUACACAUGGCAGCACAGCAUGGUCAUAAACAAGUAGUUGAACUUCUUAUUUCUUCUGGAGCCUGCACAAACAAUACUGAUAUGUUAAACAUGACACCUCUUCACUGGGCAUGUGAACAUAAUCAUGUUGAGAUUGUCAAAAUUUUGCUAAGAGCAGGAGCCAAGAUUGAUAUCAAGAGCAAGUUUGGUAAGACUUCAGUUGACAUCGCCAGAGCUAAAGGCUAUAGUGAGGUGUUGCAGGCUUUAUCUUCAGAUCAGAAUCAGGAUUUGACAUUACCAAAAACUCUUAAGAGACAAGCUGAUCGCAAUAACCUGACAUUGAACUCAAUGAAGAAGAGACAAAGGACAAAGAAGUUUCCAAUGACAGCUGGAUCUUGGACUGGUCCUGAGGGACCCAUAGAAAAUGGAAACAAAGCACGCAGAAAGGCUACAACGCCAGGAACAUCACCAAAGUCUGCUGUGGGUGGUGGAAGAAGAGUAUCAGCUCCUCCUCAGUUCCCUAAUGCAGGUUCUCCAUCUCUACGCAGUCCAACUGAAAAUUCCAUUGCCUCUCUGGUAUCAGCUGCAGCCAUUGUAAAAGCAAAAUCAGAGAGUGAAGGAGAGGGCCAAAUGUCAACAGUUCUGUCUGAUGGUAAGAGCACCUCCAAUACCUCCAAACCACAAGACUCUAGUGUGCUUGACACGUUGGCCACACUUGCCACUGCCACCUUAAGCCACAGUACAUCUGCGACUUCCACGACACCACCACAGCAAGUAACAGCUGUGGCUGGUAAACCCCUCGGUAUUACACCCCUUACCCUCCCACCAACAACACCAACCUUCGCCACCCCAUUGACACCAUCAAGUCUUUUUCCAAUGCCGUCUCCCCUCGCAGCACUCUCCGCUCUGUCUUCAUUAUCAUCACCAGCACAAACAUCUCCCCUGCCGCUGUCUUUCACGAUGCCAAUGAUGACCACUCAGCAGGUUGCAUCAACUGGGGCGCAGCUGAUGCCCCUGGUUCAGAGUGGCGCACCCUUCUUCUCCAGUGCAGCAGGCGUGUCUCUUCAACAAGGAGGGGCUUCUGUGACAACUGCUGGGGAUGUGCAUGUACCUUUAUCGACAAGCACCGCUAGUGGUGCAGAUUCAGUGGUGAAGACGGUAACACUUGGCACCGCAAGUUCGCAGUCCCUUAAUACUUCUGCACAAGCUAUUCUACCCCAAUCCAUCAUGGCCCCUUUCCAAAUUCCUGGUGGGUCAGGUCAGACACAGCUGCAAACACAGCUUGCCCUGAGCCAGAUGCUCGCCCCAAUGCAAGGAGUUCAGCCUUCAGUUAUGUUGGAGCUGAAUGCAUCAGCUACAAAGGAUGGAAUUGCUCAAGUAAAAGUCGACCAAAACCAAGCUGCAGAAUUGUUAAAAAGUCAGAACCAGUCACAGGAAGUGGCGCAAACUCAGCUUCACCAAGAUACCGGCGAAUCAAAACAAGCGGAGGACAUGAGCUCACAAAACAUUCCAGGCACACAGGAGGUGUUCAUAACGCUUCAGGUUCCAGCCGGUUUGCAGCAUGUUCAGCCCCAGCUUCUGACAGACCCCAGCUUUGCAUUGCAACAAGUACAGCUUGUGCAACAAGUGGCGACACAGGAUACCUCACAGCAAACAGGAACUGCUGCAACUCAGUCACAGCAGAACCCAGUCUCCUUGCAACCCGAUACCGUUGCGCACACUCAACAGGAACAAACAGCUGGCUCAACUGCACCGCAGACUCCGGUUGUCCAGUUACAGCUGCCGCAGGAUCAGAUAAACUUGGCGCAUUUAAUGCAAAAUGUUGGACAUGGAACAUUACCGCUGACAGUACCAUUGACUCAACUUUUAGCAAACAGCCAGUUGCAAAUCGGUAGUCAAGUGACACCAGUGCCUCAAAACACACAACAACAGCGGCAACAGCAACAAACAACAGGGACUCAACAUCAGCAACAACAAAACAUCGCUCAACAGCUGCUGGCGCAAUCGGUUCCUCAAAGGACCUUGCUACCCCAAAAUUACGUCGCUCAGUUAGGCCAGACCUCUGUUCAACCAACAGCCGAUAUCCAGCAGCAACAGCAGCAGUCGCAGCAGCAACUUCUCUCCCCUCACCUUCUUCUGCAAGUCCAAGAAGACCUUCGUAAACUGCUGGAGCAGAGACAAGUUGAGGAGGACAAGAUCAGAAAGGAGUUGGAAGGGAAAGUGCACGCGUUACAACGAGACAGCGACAAGUACCGGUCAGAGCUGGAGCAUGCGCAGAAAGAAGCGGAAGCCUACCGCAAUCGUUUAGAGGUAGAAAGAAAAGAAAAGUCUAAGCUACACCAGUUGUACGAGGCAGCCAAGCAACCCAAUACAAAUAGCGGUGAUGACCAAAAUAACUCUACUACCUCUGAAGCUGCAAGUGAUUCUCUAUUGUAAAACUAAUGCUCAUUUAGUGCCAUGUUGAAGUGUUGAGACAAUUAACCUGGUUAUGCCACCCUUCCUAAGUUAAUCUUACCCUCUGUAUUUCACUCGUAUGAAGAAUUUUGAUAGUUUACUUGCAUUUGAACUUUUUACAUUUGCUAUAAAGGGUAAUCCAGGAAAAUAUUACCGUAUCGAUUAACUAGCUUACCAUGUUUCGUUUUAAUUUUAUCAUUAUUAUUAUUAUUAUUAUUAUAUGUAUUACUAUUAUCAUUAUUUUUAUUCACUACGUCAGGUGGUUUUUUUUAAUCGUUCAUUCGACAUGCAAAACAGAAGAAAAUAUUAGUAUGUUCAGAUAGGAAGUCGCAAAAAUGGAAGGAAUAAAUCUUGUUGGAACAGAAGUAGUGAGGAACAGAAAAGGAAAACUCAGAUUACAAAUGAUGAAAUUGAAAAUGCCAAGGAUGAUUUUUUCUAGAUGCAGCAUCCACAGGCUCGAUUCGAGUCCGGUAUUCGAUCCUUCCAUAAAGUGUCUUCGAGGGGUGAAAGCUCGUUCCCUGUACAGCGACAGUGAUCGAGCCUUCAGUAACCGUGAUGUAGCUUUUUUAUUGCCGUAUUGUACGUUUGUAGUCCUUUCGGAUUCUCUAUAGCUUUCUUACGAUUUCGUCGUAUCUGAAAGACCCUUACAUACUUAUCUUCUUGUAUGAUAGCUGUGUUAUGCAAAGUCUGAUUGAAGUUUUAAUAUUGUUCCAUUUGGACUACGAAAGCGAAGUAUUGUUUUCUGACGGAAGAGAGCACAAUUCUUUCGUUUCCACGGACGUUUUGGACUACUUGAAAAUGCUCCUCCUGUUUCCAACAGCAACCGAAUAAUCGGGAAAUCUUCGGUUAUCUCAACGAGGAUUUGCAAAAAAAAAAAAAAAAAGUGCUCUAUCGUGGACGGCGUAAUAUGUAAACACUGUAAAUAGUCCAGUCAUGUAUAUGGUGUUACAGUAACUUAUUGGCACGGGUUAUAAGUAUUUGUGAUAAGUAUUAAUUAAUAUACAACGUUUUACUUGUCCCAUGUGCGGCGAGAUUAACUCUCCAUUGCAGUUUUCAUGUUAUUGAAAGCAUCAAGGAGUGAAUAUUUCAUUCAUUUAAGAUUCAAUGGGACAUACACGUUCUUCAUAAGUUCAGCGUAGUUGAAGCUAAAUUAUGUCCACCAAGAUGUUUUGUAGUGUGAAGUAAGGUUUAAAUAACUUAAUUUGUAAGCGCAUCCAAGGCCCGUUUCAUGAUACGCCGAACUUUCAAUUUUUUCCUGAUCUUGAACCAAAACUUUCGGUAUCUGAGUUAAUUUAGAACGGUUUGGCCGGAAAUUCCGACUUCUGAGCAGCUCAGUAACAGCUUUGAUGCAGACGCCGAACGGCCAUACUUCACCUUUCCUGAAACCGCCGAAUUUCGGAACUGAGUCAAUAUCAGCUGAAUGAGUUUGACUUCUGGAACAGGUGUUCGUUCGUUCAAAUUGGAAUCUGGCUUCGCUCAGAAAAAGUUCAGCGUCUGCAACGAGCCUUAGGGAAAAAUGUUCACCAUCAUUAAAGUCUACAAUACUGUCACAACCGGUAUAAAUACAUCAAAUCAGGUCAGCGUAUUUCCACUUUUUCUGAAUGCCCAGCUACGUUGGUCUCAGUGCUACCUUCGAUGUUUUAACWGAACUUAGUACGUGUAGAUUCAAGGCAAAUUAGAAAUUUUAUUCUGUGGUCAUAUCUUAAUAUGUGCAGCAAUUUUACAUGGUGUAAACAAUUGGGAACUGGAUGCACUACUUAGCGAAGAUUGUUGUGAAUAUAAGGAAUAAAGAGUCAUCUACAAACUA